AUGGCCGACCAAUUCCUCGCCGCGAUCAAGACCCGUCGAACAUUCUACGCACUCGCGGCGAGAUCGCCCAUCGCGGACCUCGACAUCGUCCGGAUCGCCAAAGAAGUCAUCCUGCACACGCCGAGCUCGCUCAACUCACAGUCGACCCGCUUCGUCAUCCUGUUCGGCGACGACCACAGGAAGCUGUGGGACAUUGCCAAAGAGUGUGUCAGGACGGUCGAUGCAGGCGGCGAUUGGCCCGCCGAUGAGAAGAAGUUGGAUCAGCGACGGGACGCGUAUGGGACGGUCCUCCUCUACGAAGACCAGCGCGUCACCCAUGACCUGCAGCAAAAGUUUGCACGCUACAGCGGCUACUUCCCCCAGUGGGCCGAGCACACCAACGCCAUGAACACCUUCAACCUGUGGACGGCAUUGGAGCUGGAAGGUCUCGGCUGCAAUCUCCAGCACUUUAACCCGUACAUCGACCAGAGGAUUGUCGAGGAGUGGAAAGUCCCCGCCGAGUGGGUAUUGAAGGGUCAAUUGGUUUUUGGCACGCCCACGGCUCCUCCGAACCCGAGCAAGACGUUUGUGCCGGCCGAGGAGAGGGUGCUGGUACCGGGGUUGUAG